UCAGACUGGUAUCACUCACAAUGGGGCAUUAGACAACACAAACUCCAUAACGUUGGACUGGAGAGCGCCAAGCGUUGCUCGUUCUGAUCUGACUGUGAGGUGCACAGUGGUGGAGACGAUGACGACUGUGUACACACAGAUACCAUCAAAUACCAUUACAGCUCCUGUUUUUGAUCCUACCGCCACGCAACCACCUGCAAUCACCAUACCAACCCAGAGACCGGUGAUUUCUAUUGUGGAUAUUCUCGACGCAUGCCGUGGAAGCUCUCCUAGCAAGUUCUGCUUUACCCAGCCUUCCAGUUGCAACUCGACUAGCGACUGCAGAUUCGUGUAUACCCACCGUGAGGUGGGCCCUGACAUGCUGGAGGUAGAGCUGUUUGGGGUGACUGGACCCGAUUCAGGCUGGUUAGCUAUAGCUUACAGUGCCGAUGAUGAAAUGGGAAAUGAUGACGUGUUAGCCUGUGAAGUGACGACUAAUGGUAUAGUUGUGGCCAAGAACUUGCACAACUUUGGGCGGUCCAACGUUCGUGACACUGGAAGCUCAGCUAGUCCCUUUAUUACAACUCUGGAGACACUGCGCACUUCAAACACUCUCUAUUGCAGGUUCCAGCGUCCACUAAUGACUAAUGCGAGUGCUGUGGAUGAUUUUGACCUGUCACAGCCAUGGACGUAUUUCUUCGGCAGUCGCAGCACCGGCCUAGGCAAUGCCAACGGAGCACUUAGUGGACAGCACAAUGCCAUACCGGUAGCCUCCACUGAGCCGUACACCUCACAGAGCACUGGCUUCUUAGGCAAUGCCAACGGAACACUUAGUGGACAGCCCAGUACCACACAGAUAGCCUCCACUGAGCCGUACACCUCGCAGAGCACUACUGGCUUUAGCUCUGCGUCCGCGUUGAGCAGAAAUGCCAUUGUUCAGUAUAGUAUUCUGGUUUUGGUGAUCACUGUGAUUUUGUGGGGUUAAUGCAGUUAACCCUUGUUAGCGCUCAUCACAGACUCCCACUGCUCAUUUUCUCAUGUUCCUUAUACAUAGGCAUGUCCCUUUUACCUUUGGCACCUGCAUACAUGUGCAACGUAUGCACUGCCGUACACGUCUGCAGGUGCACACUCAUGCACUCACUGGGCUACCCAAUACGCCUCAGUGCUACAUGCAGCGUGCCGCAGCACGCAGGCACCAUAUAAGGUACACAGGGCAGUGCGCCUGUCCCGGCUCCGGGUCACACUUACAGCUCAGCACGCAUGCAGGUAAAAGGUUUCACAGAACUGUGCGCCUGUCCUGGCUCCGGUUUGUACUUACAGCUCAGCGAUCAGAAAUAUAUUUUUCUAUUACAGCAGUUUGGAGAGCUCAAACUGUUUAGUUGUUGUUUUCUGCCUCUUGCUCCGCAGUAGUGGUUGGCUUGUGAAUUCUUUUUCCCACCAUCCCACCCUUACCACUAUCUAUAACUAGGACCUCACUACCGGUCCACUCUUCACAAUAAACACCGGGUGCUGGCGCAACUCUUAACGGCAAUGGUUUAACUCGUUCAAUCACUCCGUGCUCUAUGUUAAGUCAACACACGCGCUCUAUGUUGAGCCACCAUACGCGCUCUAUGUUGAGCCACUCACUCUCUCGCGCUCUAUGUUGAGCCACUCACUCUCUCAUGCUCUAUGUUGAGCCACUCUCUCUCUCUCUCUCUCUCUCUCUCUCUCUCUCUCUCUCUCUCUCUCUCUCUCUCUCUCUCUCUCUCUCGUGCUCUAUGUUGAGCCACAUUGCCUCACUCGCAGCCAGCACCCGUAUAACUCCAAACUCUGUGCCC